AUGGCAAAAAAGAAGAGCCUUGCUUUUUACUCUGUUCGAUUUGGUCGAAUCCCAGGAAUCUACAUGACUUGGGACGAAUGUAAACCUCAAGUGGAGGGUUUUACCGGUGCCAAAUUCAAGAAAUUCGCGACUCAGGAGGAGGCUGAGCAAUUCCUUCGUGUUGGAUCUGGCAGUGUCCUGGAAAUGGUAGCUUCCGACGCUGCGAAUUCUACAUCGGCAACUCCUACCGCGGACUCCACGUCCACAAUUACUUCCAAGAAGCGCACUUUGGAACUUGACCAUGGAAGUGGUGAGUCUGCGCCCAAGAAGCAGAGAGUGCCUUCCAGAAACGAGGUUGAAGAUGAAGAGGACUCGGUCGUAUACAGCGAUGGGGCCUGCAAGGGUAACGGCAAAGAUGGCUCGGUCGCUGGCGUAGGAGUCUGGUGGGGGCAUGGUGAUCCUCGUAACAUUGCCGAACGCUGUCCCGGAGAACAGACCAACAAUCGCGCAGAGUUGAUUGCUAUUGCUCGAGUCCUUGAAACCACUCCGAUCAAUGCUAAACGCCGCCUCGUCAUCAAGACAGAUUCAAACUACUCCAUCCAGUGUUUUGACUCGUGGCUACACAAUUGGCGCAACAACAACUGGAAGAAAUCCGGAGGGGACCCUGUCAAGAACGCUCCACUCAUUCGAUAUAUUGCCACUUUGCUUGAAGGUCGAAUAUCAUUGGGUCAGAAGGUCAGACUGGUGUAUGUGAAGGGGCAUGCCGGCAUCGAAGGAAACGAAGGUGCCGACUAUUUGGCGAAUCUCGGUACUCUAUCGGGGCCCGUGGAGGAACGAAGCUGGCCUGAGGAAGAGAUGCGAUAUCGAGUAACACUUAAGGCUAUGUCAGAGGAUGCGAAAGGGGACUCUGCGCGUAAGAAGACUACGGAUCUGGAGGUCGAAUAUACCGAGGCGGCACCUGAUAUCACGGAAGAUGGUACUACAAAGCCAAAGGUAGUUGGUGAUUUGGGGGAUACAAGUGCACCUUCACCUGUGGAUUCAAUCAAAAACCCUCCCGAGCUCGAUCAUGAAGAUCUUGCUAAAUAUGCGGAGGCAUGGGUGGACGAUGACGAUCUAUCGGACGAUUUGAAGGAUUAAACUUGGAACAAAAAUGCUUCUGGAUAGCAAUGUAAACAGCC